AUGUCGGCACAUGCUAUCGCUCGUCGGCCAUUCUACUCGGGGCGCCGAGAGUGCCUCGGGUGUGCCGACAACCCCUGCAUCGUCAUGCCGACAGUUUUGAGGCUGGAGUGGGCAUUUUGUCGUGUGGCCGCCGGGACAAAGUCCCCCAGCGACAGGUCAUCGUUGCUUUUCGACUGGCGGUCAGUUGGGCCAGUUGGUGCUGGGCUUCAGUUUGUUUGGAGAGACGAUCUGUUCGAGAAGCCGAACAAGCCUCCAACGAGCCACAAUCGGGCGCCUCGAGAGCAGGUCUGGAGGCGCAGACAGGACGGAAACGGACAGGACAUGUGGUCCAUUCGGUUGGGAGGACAAUGCCGCCGAGGGCAGUUGGCCUUUCAACUCAAUCCUGUCGGCGGCCUGGGCCAGACUGAAUUGGAGGCGCUGGUACAGCUGACACGACAAUGUUUCGCAGAAUUUCAAGGUUUCUUUUGA